AUGGCAAGCAGCUCACGGACCACAAUACUGCCGCAAUCGAAAGAGGCGCUCCUGAAGUCCUACAAUGCGCGCCUCAAAGAUGAUGUUCGCAGCAUGUUGGAAAACUUUGAAGAAAUUCUGAAGCUGGCGCGGCGCGAAAGUCACAGUCAAAUUUCAAAGACAACACAGUGCGAGCAGGAUGCACUAGAGAUGCAAGUGAGAGCCGCCAACAUGGUGCGAGCUGGUGAAUCGCUGAUGAAGCUAGUUGCAGAUCUCAAGCAAUAUCUUAUACUCAAUGACUUUCAUUCGGUGAAUGAGGCAAUCACAAACAACUCACAGCUGUUUCGGGCCACGCAAAUUGAGUGCGACAAAAAGCUGAUGAAGCUGCGCGACGAGAUGGCCAUGGACCUGUACGAUCUGGAGGAGGAGUACUACACUAGCAUAUUUAAAUAGCUCUUAAUUAGAAUCUAGUUAGCUACACACAUUUAUGUAUGUAUAUGUAUAUGUGUAUACCUUGUGUAUAUGUAUGUAGAGAGUAUGAAAGAAUG